GUAACUUCACUGUCUAACGGAUACGCCUCUCUGCGAGAGAAGACUUUGUGAAGCUCCCCUCCUCUUCCGCGUCAGCUUCCGAAACUCCCAAUUCGGUAUUGCUGCUCCUCCCUGGAAGCCGAGCAGACCGCGGGAGAACAAGUGACUCGGUGAUAUUACUUAGGGGAAAGCAACUGGGCUUUACAAUGAGAAGAUUGAGAUCAGCUGUGAAAAAUGGAAGAACAGCAGCCCAGGAGACUCCUGAAAACCCAAAGAGAUCUCCAAGAAAGAAAGUAAAAUCUUUCCAAGCGAUCAAAGAAGAACCCCUAAGUCCUGUUCCUUCCCAGAAUUCCACUUACCACUAUUUCAAAGACCCAGAUGACAUCAGUUCCUUUAGAAAGCAGCUGCUCCGGUGGUAUGAUGAGUGCAAAAGGGAACUUCCCUGGAGGACCUUGGCUGCAACAGAAUCUGAUGUAAACAAAAGGCUCUACGCAGUUUGGGUUUCUGAAAUCAUGCUGCAGCAAACACAGGUUGUCACGGUGAUUGACUACUAUAAUAAAUGGAUGAAGAGAUGGCCAACAGUACAGGAUCUUGCUGCAGCCACUUUAGAGGAUGUGAACGAGAUGUGGUCGGGGCUGGGCUUCUACUCUCGAGGAAAGAGGCUCCACAAUGGUGCUCAGAAGGUGAUGUCUGAGUUGAAAGGUGAGGUGCCGACCACAGCAGAAGAUCUGCAAAAGUUUCUUCCCGGAGUAGGCAGGUACACGGCCGGGGCAGUGGCCUCCAUCGGCAUGGGGCAGGUGACCGGAGUGGUGGAUGGUAAUGUGAUUCGGGUAAUGUGUCGCACGCGCGCCAUUGGGGCUGACUGCACUAGCCCCUCUGUCACAGAGACUCUCUGGAGCCUAGCCAAUACCUUGGUAGACCCCAAGCGAGCAGGAGACUUCAAUCAGUCUAUGAUGGAGCUGGGUGCCACUGUGUGCACACCAAAAGCGCCCCUGUGCUUGGAGUGUCCUAUUCAGACACACUGCAGGGCCUACAAGCAGGUUAAGAUCCAGCUGGAUUUGGCAUCAGAAAGGCUUCUGGGUAAAUCCACAGUGCAGUCCAGUUCUGUUCCAGAUAUUGAAGAAUGUGCCUCUGCAGGCUUUUGCUCCCUGUGCCUCCCUCCUGGGGAACUGUGGGAUAGCAGCCUAGGGGUGAUGAACUUCCCCAGGAAGCCUGUGAAGAAGCAGCCGCGGGUGGAGCGGACUCUGACCUGUGUACUGGACCGGAGGGGUGUCGGGGGAGAGACUGAAUACCUCAUCGUACAGAGACCCAGCACAGGGUUGCUGGCGAUGAUGUGGGAGUUUCCCAGCCUGCCCCUGGAGGAGAGGGACUUCUCUGAGAGCAAGCAAAAAGAGGCUGUGCUGGCCCAGGUUCAGAGCGUACUGGGAGGCCCAGGCAGCCUGGGGGCCCUGCAGCACAUUGGAGAGGUUCUGCAUAUCUUCACCCACAUCCACCAGACUUACGUGGUGUAUCGCUGCAGCCUGUCCGACCCCACAGGUGUGGAGCUGAGAGAGGGUGAAGCACCUACCACCCGCUGGGUAACGAAGGCUGUGUUCCAGCAGGCAGCUGUGUCCACAGCCAUGAAGAAGGUCCUCAAGCUGUAUGAGAGUAAGGAAAGCCACGAGGAGGAAUGUAGAAAGAGCUGGAAAAGAAAAAGAGACUCUGGAUCCAAAGACAGAAAACGCAAGCCCCAAAAGAUUAAAGUGGAGCAGGAAACCAGCACUGGGAAGAAGCAACUUUCGUUGCACAACUUUUUCCAAAGACCCAUGAAACAAGCGAUUGACAACGGGUCCUGAGUUGACCUUCAAUCAUCUUGGCUGGUGACCACCACAGGGAUCUGUAGUUGUGAACCUAACUGGAACUUCAGUUUCUCUGGGAGAGGUAAGCCAGCAUACCUCCUUAGUGCCCAUUUGCCUCUGGAACCAUCCGUUUUGACACCUCCAAUGUAUUGCCCUGUAUCAGCAAUCAUCUGUUCACGAUACUGCACACUGGUUACGAUUCUGCACACACAACGGUGACUACUGAAAACCAUCAUUAAAGCAAAACCUGUUCCGGUUGCAGGCUAAUGCCAUUUUAUUUUUGCAGCUUGGUUCAUAAUGGUUUAUAAUGGAGACACGUCACUGCAUGAGCCUGCAAAGUCUUCCUUCUGGGAUUGGAAUGUCCUUUUGAUGUGCUUGUUUGUUGUUUCCUCCUGUGAAAUCAAUCCUGUUACACCUCUCUUUAGAGCCAGUAAUCCACUGAGCAAAAGGUCUGCAAAACCAAAUGGCGAUGAAACAACAAAUUGAAUACUUUAGGAUUGUUUGUUGGAGGAAAAAAUAUAACCAAAAAAAGAUACAAAUCCAAUUGAUAUCUGUGACUUUAAUAUCAAAGCUAUACAUGAAAUGCAAAUGUUUAACAUGUUUUUCAUUCACUUUGAAAUUGUUCACCCCAAAAGAAACUAAGGUGCUGUAUCCUGUUUUCAGGGUGGGAGUUAGGGGUUUCUAUCCACUUUUCCAGUCACCCAGCAGAUCAGUAACUAUAAAGCCUAGAACAAAUGGCACUGUUAACUAAUGGUUUGCAGUAACACCACAGUGGUGAUUGAUAUCAUGAUGCUGUUUAUUUGCAUUUCAAUAGGAAACAAAUGUACCAUUUUAUAAGUAUUUAACAAAAUAAUUUAGUAUAGAUUUCUUGAAUGUUGUACUUUAUCUUAGAGCUGUUCUCACAUUGUGACCCAUGUGUCACCCAAGUAAGUAAGUGAUUUUUAACUUAACUCAAUAGAGCAGACUCAAAAUAAAUAAAUAAAAAUCUGCUACAGUUAAGACUCUCAGGCAUUAACUCCACAAGAUUCAGCCAAACCAAACAGAUCAAAAACACGGCACAACAGCACAGAUCAAAACAUAUCUUGCUGUCUGGGAUUGGGUUGGUGUGGCUGAACUUGUGUUCAGUUCUGCCUAGCCUUGAGUAAUCAGCCAUUGAGGUUGUUACUAAGAACUGCUGUAUUGAGGCAGUGGAAAUUGUAACUGAAAAAAAGUCAUACUCAAUCAUAUUAUAUAUGUACCCUGAACUGUAUUUUAUGAAAACAUGUAUUUUGUAAAAAUAAAAAAUAUUUGUGAUAUGA